GAUCACAUUCGGCUUUGUUUCUUGUUUUUUGUUCUUAUUUUAAAGUUUGGACCACACAGGAAACUUGUGAGAUUUUGUUCUACUCUAAAAGACAUACCUGCCAUGGCUUUAAAUCAGUAAUUCUGACCUUUGUACAAGUCUCGGUGUGAUCACGUUACAUUCCAGCUAGCCUGAACAGAUUCUUUCUUCCCCUACAGUAGGUUACUGUGAAGAAAAUGGACAAUCGCAAAGGUCCUUGCUCUCACCAAAGCACUCCCAUUGAGACUGAUGAGAGGAUGGCAGUCUCUAGUGUUGCCUUGGACUUGCUCCCUUCUUGUAACCAAUGUGGCGGACAUGAAGAGAGCAGCAGGAAAGCUGAGAAGGAUGGCUUUCAUGGGGAAAUGCGUGGGAUGGGUCCUAGGAGGCUCCCUGAGGGCGUUUGCCAGUAUGAACAAAGAGCAGCUUUCCAGGCUUGUCCUAACAUUCACUUUGCACCUCAACAAGAGGCUCAGCCAGGUCACCUUGUCAGACAGCAACAGCCAUUCUAUGAACGAGGACCCAUGAACGAUUACAGGAGGGGCCUUACAGGUCCUUCAGACAGGUUCUGUUGCCAUUCUUUUGAAGAAACAGAAUCCUUGGAGCCCCCAUUACCGCUCAUGUCAAACGUGAACUGGGAUCAGUACAAUGUGCCAGGAUACAAAUCACCUUGUAUACCAGGCCCUGCUCCAGUGCAGAGACUGUGUUGCCAUUCUACACCCCAUCACCAGAACAAUUACUGUCAUCACAAUCAAGACCCUCCACCCCCUCAACAACAGAAUGGCCGACAGAUCAGGCCUCAGGUUAAAGAAGCUCCAAAUGUCCUCCCCGGUGGAUUAUUGCCUCAGUGUGCGCCACCUCCUGGUGAUGUGAUGCGUGAAGUCAGCGUGGACUGUUCAGCUAUUGCAGGCCCAGGAGCUGUCACCGGGGAGGUCAGGAAGACCAUCAGCUUGCCUGAGGAAAGCAGGAAUGUUUUCAUCACAUAUUCAGUGGACACGGCUGAGGAAAUCAUGAAAUUUGUCAGGUUUCUGAUCAGCCAAGGGUUCAAACCAGCAAUCGACAUGUUUGACAAUCCAAUCCGAAGAAUGGGCAUCAACAAAUGGAUGGAUCGCUACCUGAAUGAUAAAUCGGUGCUCAUCAUCGUGGUCAUCAGCCCCAAGUAUAAGGAGGAUGUGGAGGGAGGCGGGGAUGACGAGCACGGCCUCCACACCAAGUACAUUCACAACCAGAUUCAAAAUGAGUUCAUCCAACAAGGCUGCCUGAACUUCAGACUGGUUCCGGUGUUGUUUCCCAAUGCAACUAAGAGACAUGUGCCCAGCUGGCUGCAGAACACCAGGAUCUACCGCUGGCCCAGUGACACCCAGGACCUGCUCCUGCGUUUGCUUAGGGAGGAGCGCUACAUCAUCCCACAGCGAGGCACAGACCUCACCCUCACUGUUCGUCCUUUGUGAUGAUGCGAAGAUGCAAAAACGGACUCUUGGAAAACAGGUUAAAUUCACAGAAGCUAAGCAUACGGAAUCAUACAUCAUUAACAAAUACUGUCUCAUUCCAUUUGAAUCUUUGUCUUUUGUUAGUCUGUUUUCACAUUUAUAGUUUUGUGGUUGUUUCACCUUCAGUACUUUAUUACUCAAACAAUACUCUUAGAAUAGAUGAAAACUGUCCAAGAAUGUAAGAAUUUACUGUAUGUAAUUUUAACCAUUGAUCAUUGAUCUGUUUAUGAAGAAUGAUUUUGACCAACAGGGGCAGCAGAAGAAGCUAUAAUCUCAAAUCUGAUUAGUUUACAACAUUCUUUGCUGAACAAUUUUAUAAGUGCCCUCUAGACAAAAAUGCAAAGACGUCAGUACUUAUUGACAUAUGUAUUUAUGUGGAAUCAUUUUUAUUGCUUUUGUUUAUUAAACAUUUGACCAUUCAGGUACAUGAAAGCUCUCUGUGGCUCUCUAACCCUAGCACUCAUCCCUAAUGUAAUGUAUGAACACUUUAAAAAAGCAAAACACACCUUUACUGGAACCAUAAAUACACAAUUAUUUUUUUUUACAUUUUAAUAGCUUGUAUCAGCUUUACUUUACACUCUGUAAAUGUUUGGGAUAAUUGACCAAUAGGUGGCAGUAUGUAUUAAUGGAAACACUACAAGAAAUAGGAGUGUUUGAAAUUUGCUGUUUUACCUUGCCUUUGUAAUAAAAUAAUGAAUAAGA